GAUGGUUGGGGGGGGCUCAUAUGGGAUUAUAUGGACCAGGAGAUGAUGGUGGGGGAUCCUACAGGACGAUAUGGACCGGGAGAUUAUGGCAGGGGGGCUCAUAUGGGAUCAUAUGGACCAGGAGAUGAUGGUGGGGGCUCAUAUGGGAUUAUAUGGACCAGGAGAUGAUGGUGGGGGCUCAUAUGGGAUUAUAUGGACCAGGAGAUGGUGGUGGGGGCUCAUAUGGGAUUAUGGACCAGGAGAUGAUGGUGGGGGCUCAUACAGAACAAUAUGGACCGGGAGAUGGUGCUUGGGGCUCAUAUGGGACCAGCAGGUGGUGCUGGGGGCUCAUAUGGGAUCAUAUGGACCAGGAGAUGGUGGGGGUCCAUAUAGAACCCAUAAGGCCCAGGAGAAGACACUUGGGUUCCCAUAUGAGCCCAGCAGGUGCCCAUGGUGCCCCCACAAGUGGAGAUGGGUCCUUCAGAUCCUAUUGGUGGCCCCAUAGAUCCUAUGGGUCCUUCAGGCCCCAUAGAUGGCCCCACAAGUCCUUCAGGCCCCAUAGAUGGCCCCGCACAUCCUUCAGGCCCCAUAGAUGGCCCCACAAGUCCUUCAGGCCCCAUAGAUGGCUCUGCACAUCCUUCAGACCCCAUUUCUGGCCCCCCAAGUUCUUCAGGCCAUAUAGACGGCCCCACAAGUUCUUCAGACCCCAUAAUGACCCCACAUGUUCUUCACACCCCAUAGAUGGCCCCACAAGUUCUUCAGGCCCCACAGAUGGCCCCACACAUCCUUCAGACACCACUGUUGGCCCCACACGUCCUUCAGGCCCCAUAGAUGGCCCAACACGUCCUUCAGGCCCCAUAGAUGGCCCCACACGUCCUUCAGGCCCCAUAGAUGGCCCCACAAGUUCUUCAGACCCCAUAGAUGGCCCCACAUGUCCUUCAGGCCCCAUAGAUGGCCCCACACAUUCUUCAGACCCCAUAGAUGGCCCCACACAUUCUUCAGGCCCCACUGUUGGCCCCACACAUCCUUCAGGCCCCAUAGAUGGCCCCACAUGUCCUUCAGGUACCAUAGAUGGCCCCACACGUCCUUCAGGCCCCAUAGAUGGCCCCACACGUCCCUCAGACCCCAUAGAUGGCCCCACACAUCCUUCAGGCCCCAUUGACGUCCUCAUGUCCCUCCUGCCCCCCAAGUGCCCUCCCUUUACCCCCCAAGCCCAAUGUCACCCCAUAGUCCUCCAGCUGGAGAAUCCCAAAUCCCCCCAUAAGAAGGGUCCGGUCCUUCCGUUCCUCUGAUGUGGGGCAAGGAAUGGGUUGAUAGGGGGGAUAUAGGGCGGCUAUGGGGCAGGGCUGGUUAUGGGGCGCUGCUAUAGGACCCCCUCCAUGAAGCUGUUGGUCCAGUCCUUUGAUGUGGGGCAGGGAAUGGGUUGUUCCUCCGAUUUGGGGCAGGGAAUGGUUGAUAUGGGGGGCAAUAAAGGGGGUCUAUGGGGCAGCUAUGGGGCAGAGUCUGUCUAUGGGGCGCUGCUAUAGGACCCCCUCCAUGAAGCUGGUGUCCAGGUGUUGGUCCAAUCCACCGCUAUGGGGCAGGGAAUGGUCGAUAUGGGGGGCUAUAGGGGGGUUAUGGGGUGGCUAUGGGGCAGCUAUGGGGUGGCUAUGGGGCAGGGCCUGGUUAUGGGGCACUCCAUGAAGCUGAUGGUCCGAUCCACUGCUGUAGGGCUGGAAAUGGUCCAUAAUGGGGCUGGAAAUGGUCGAUAUGGGGCAAUAAAGGGGGGAUAUAGGGGUCGAUAUGGGGUCUAUGGGGCGGCUAUGGGGCAGGGCUGUGUAUGGGGCUGUGCUAUAGGACCCCCUCCAUGAAGCUGGUGUCCAGGUGCUGGUCCAAUCCACCGCUAUGGGGCAGGGAAUGGGUCAAUAGGGGGUUGAUAUAGGGGGGCUAUGGGGCAGCUAUGGGGCAGCUAUGGGGCAGGGCUGGUUAUGGGGCACCACUAUAGGGCCCCAUCCAUGAAGCCGGUGUCCAAUCCAGUGCUAUGGGGCAGGAGAUAGUCCAUAUGGAGGUCGAUAAUGGGGAUACAGGGGGGAUAUGGGUGUCGAUAUGGGGGCUAUGGGGCAGCCAUGGGGUGGCUAUGGGGCAGCUAUGGGGCAGGGCUGGUUAUGGGGCACCGCUAUAGGACCCCCUCCAUGAAGCCAGUGUCCAGGUGUCGGUCCAAUCCAUCGCUAUGGGGCUGGGAAUGGUCCAUAAUGGGGCUGGAAAUGGUCAAUAUGGGGCAGUAAAGGGGGUCGAUAGGGGGUCUAUGGGGCAGCCAUGGGGUGGCUAUGGGGCAGCUAUGGGGCAGGGCUGGUUAUGGGGCGCCACUAUAGGACCCCCUCCAUGAAGCCGGUGUCCAAUCCAGUGCUAUGGGGCAGGAAAUGGUCCAUAUGGAGGUCGAUAAUGGGGAUAUAGGGGGGAUAUAGGGGUCGAUAUGGGGUCUAUGGGGCGGCUAUGGGGCAGGGCUGUGUAUGGGGCUGUGCUAUAGGACCCCCUCCAUGAAGCCGGUGUCCAGGUGCUGGUCCAAUCCACUGCUAUGGGGCUGGGAAUGGUCCAUAAUGGGGCUGGAAAUGGUCAAUAUGGGGCAGUAAAGGGGGUCGAUAGGGGGUCUAUGGGUUGGCUAUGGGGCAGCUAUGGGGCAGGGCUGGUUAUGGGGCAGUG